UCAAUUCCAUAAUCAACAAAACGAAGUGGAAGAGCAGUCCACAACGGAAUAACAAAGGCGAGAAGAGCAGCAGCGGCUGAAGGUGUGCUUUUCUGCGUUGGCCCCGGGGUUAUUCCCCCAAUUCCGUGUAGUUCACGCUCGAGAAGAAUCGCGAGAAAAGUAAAAAUCGAACCCGCAAUCAUCCAGCUCCCUGCCGUCACCGUACACCGUUCGCAGUACCUAGUCGAUACCAAGUGUCUCGGUCCGCCGCCUGUCCGGGGGAUCCACACGGGGAGCCUGAUCCGAUCCGGGACAACAUAGCCCAACCGGGCGAGGGUACAGCAAUGUUAAGGCGGCGUUCGGCGAAAUCGGCCACCAGCUACCAGCAGCGCUCCCGGUACCGGUUCCUGCCCGCCGUGGUACUGCUGGUGCUCGCCCAAUGGUGCCUGCUGGAUGCGGUCGUUUCGGCCGAAUCGACCGACAUAGAGCUCGAUGCGAAGGCAAACAAAAUCCAUCAGAUCGAUUCGCUCAAUCUGUUGCUUUACACCUUCCUGCUAACUUUGACGGUGCUAACGAUAUGGCUGUUCAAACAUCGGCGCGUCUCCUGGCUGCAUGAGACGGGGCUGGCCGUGAUUUACGGCCUCAUCGUGGGAGCCAUCAUCCGCUAUGCCGGCACCACCACGCCAAUCAUACACGUUUCGGUGGAAGCGGAACCGGAUGCCAAGUUCAACCAGAGCCUCCCACCGGACACGCUGUGGCUCAAGUUUCCGGGCAAUCUUCCGCACGGUUCCGACCAGCCGGUAAAGGCGAACAAAACGUACACGUACAGCUUUCGGGGCGAGCUGGGCAAUGUGGAGGAGAACGAGAUCGACCUGAAAGCCACCUUUGAUCCGGAAGUGUUCUUUAACAUCAUCCUGCCGCCGAUCAUUUUCCACGCCGGGUACAGCUUGAAGCGGAAAUACUUUUUCCGCAACCUUGGUGCUAUUUUAAUGUUUGCCAUCAUCGGCACCACACUGUCGGCGUUUUUGAUCGGUGCGCUGAUGUACGGUUUCGUGCAGCUGAUGCCGAAGCUCAAGUCAAGCUUCACCUUUCUGGACACGCUUUACUUCGGGGCACUGAUUUCACCGACCGAUCCGCUUACGAUAUUGGCCAUCUUUAGCGAUAUGCAUGUGGACGUGAAUCUGUACGCGCUCGUGUUCGGCGAGAGUGUACUGAACGAUGCCGUUGCAAUCGUUCUAAGUGGCGCUAUCCAAAACUAUGGCGAACAUUACUCGAGCAACGGCGAGUUUGAAGGGCACGCGUUUCUCCGCUCGCUGGGCGAUUUCUUCAGCGUGUUUGCCUUCUCGCUGCUGAUCGGCGCCUCGAUGGGUUGCGUGACGGCAAUGAUGACCAAGUUCACGCGGAUACGAGACUUUCCGCUGCUCGAGUCGGCCCUGUUUGUGCUGAUGUCGUACAGUACGUUUUUAAUCGCGGAAGCGGCCGAGCUAACAGGAGUGGUCGCGGUACUGUUCUGCGGCAUCUGCCAAGCGCACUACACGUACAACAACCUGUCCGAUGAUUCCCGUACGCGCACGAAGCAGAUAUUUGAGCUGCUUAACUUCCUGGCCGAAAACUUCAUCUUCUCGUACAUCGGCGUGUCCAUGUUCACCUUCCCGAAGCACCACUUUGAUCCGCUGUUUAUUUUUACCGGUUUUAUGUGUGCGGCUAUAGGGCGUGCUGUAAAUAUUUAUCCCCUGUCAGCCCUGCUGAAUAUAGCUAGAAAGCCAAAGAUUUCGUGGAACUUCCAGCACAUGCUGUUCUUUGCCGGCCUACGAGGUGCCAUGUCCUUUGCACUGGCGAUUCGCAACACGGUCUCCGACGCAAGGCAGGCAAUGUUAACGACCACGUCGCUCAUUGUCAUUACGACCGUGAUCAUCCAGGGUGGGGCAGCCAACUUUCUGCUCAACUGGUUAAAUAUUCCUGUUGGUGUUGAUGAUGAAACAGAAGUUCUACCUUAUCAAGGCGUCCGAAGUGUGUACAAUUCGAUGGAGAACACAGCUGGGUCGAUCGACGUUGGUUUAAACCUUAGCCAACUGCAAGUUAAUAGGAGGGCAAGUUCUCUGGAUUUGGAAAAUCCGGACAGUGAGGGUGCCACCACACCGGGAGGCACAAGGAGAGGCCACGAAAAGGCCGUUUUAGCUCGGCUGUGGGGCAAUUUCGACUCAAGGUACAUGAAACCCCUGUUAACCCACUCGCGUCCAACAUUGCUUGAGACGCUACCCGUUUGCUUGAGCCCGCUGGCUCGUCUGCUUACCACCACCGAACAACUAACACAGGACGGGCCAACGCGUCGCUCCGACUCCGAUUCCGAUCUGUGCAUCGACGACGAUGAUCGUGCAUCGCGCGGCGGUCCCGCCGACGGUACCGGCCGAAGGAAUUCAAUCAAUCGCCAGAAACGUGCUGUUUAAGCUGAUUGUUGGCCCCGUUAUCUAGUUUUCCCUCCCUCUCUCUCUCCUACCUCCCUCCACGAAUUGAUUUGCUCAACAGAUGUGUGAAUGCAGAUGUGAACUUCAAAAGUGAAACGAGCAAAACUCGAUCAAAAAACGUGUUAAUGUUUUGCCAUAGGGUUUUAUUGUGUUUUCUUCUUCUUUGGUAUUAUUUAGAAUAAUUUUAAGUUUACAAAAUUACACUAUCCUGUUAUUUAGUGUUUUAGAUUCGAUAGUUUUUUUUUUUCAUUAUUGGGGUGUAUGGAUUUUCUGGGUUAAUUGUUUGAUCAGCGAGGAACGACAACAACCCAACGUUUUAGUACUGUUGAAGUCUUUCAUCUAAAACAUUCAUUUAUUAUUUUACAGGGCUUUCCAAGUCAAUUUCGAAUGUGUACAGCAUUAUUCACCACCUUCAAUAUGUUUUUCAACUGCUGUCAAAUUGUGUAUUUGCUUCAUAAUUCAAUUGCAGUUCUUACACAUGAUUCUCAGCACACCACAAAGAACUGUCAAACUCAAUCCAGCUUGAGACGUGUUGAAAAUCAUGUGGAAGAACUGAAAUUUUAUUGUGAUGCAAAUACAACAUUUGACAGCAAAUGGAAAACAUCUCGCAAUCAAUGAAAAAUGAUGUAGAUAUUGGAAAUUGACCCGGAAAACCUUGUAUAAUUGAAUUGGUAACGAAUUAUGUUUAAUUUUGUAGUAUUCAAGUAUCAUUUGUAAGGAAGAGAUACGAAACCAAUUUUAAAGUAAUAAUUAUGAAUGGUACAAAUAGAAAUCAUGUUAUUUUAAAACCGAUCUGGCGGGUUCUGUUUUAAGAAGUUAAUCAGUCCACGUUUUGUUCCGCAAUUCGAUACGAUUGUGUGCAGUAUUUGAUGCAACCAAACUGUUGUUAACAAUAAUCAUACGAUGCAGCUAUUCAGCUCUCUUGCAGCGAAUUUUCUCCCCAUUUUACGUUCUGGUUUUGAUGAUUAUUUAUCGCUACUACUUUUGUUUGUAUUUACCCGCCUGGUUUUUUUUUUGUUUAUAAAGAUUCCGUUUUUAUAGUUACCCCACACGAUUAGUGAGUAGUAGAUUGUAAUUUGAAGAAGAAAAAAAAAGAUAUACAAAACUCCCCUCUGUGAUUGGUCAUUGCUUUGAAGAGACAGCAAAGCAGCAGCAGCAGCAGCAGGAGCAGUAAGAUGUUUCGACUUUGGUAGAUUGGAUUUAAGAAAGAGAGAAAAACAACAUAAAAUCUUACACUGUACUUAGUGCGUGAGUAAUACACACAGGUUUGAACGUUCGUUGAUUGUAAAGCUCAAACGUAUAAAUUGUUAACGCUUGCCAAUGUGUCAAAGAAUGUAAUGCAACACAAAUAUUGAUACAAUAUUCCCGUUGAAAAAAGAAAACCCCCAAAAAAAAAAUCAAACGAAUACGCUCCACUAAAACGCUGCGUCGAGAGAGAGUGUGUGUGUGUGUGCAGACAUAUUGGUUUUAAUGCAUUAUGAGUUCCUUAAGUGAUCUUGCUACUAAAGCAGAGGCGCAUUGCGUUAGUGUACUAUCGGUUAGCGGUAAUUCAAGAUAAUUAGAUAUGGUGAGUAGAUGGGAAAAUACAGAUACUGAAGGUAGAUUUGUAUAGCAAUGUGCUACGUUAAGAGUUUCGUCAAGCUGUACGUAAGCCACCAGCUUCACCGUAACCUCGAUCGUGAUCGAUACUAAGCCGACAGUUUGACAGGAUAGUAAACGAAGGUGCUAGCUAGACGGAUACGAUGGCGGAAUUAGUCAGCCAUCAGCAGUACUCGAUGCAGCUGCAGAUUGUUUAGUUAAUUCUUACGAAAACAAGGAAGAAUCCAAACAACCAACUAUUAUGUGCAUUAAAUACACUGAUAUUAAAUGAGA